GACGUCACCGGUGUAUGACAGCUUUCACAGUGGAGGAGAAAUCUCACAGAGUAGUAACCUAACGAUUUCGGGGGAGAAGUCUACCAGCAAAAUCCGUCUCCAUCCUUCUCUUUUUGCGGAAUAAUGACAUCCAAAACGACGAGAACAUAAACUACACACUCCGGGCUAUCGGAUGAUAUCGAUAUCGUAGCUCUUCGCGCUUCAGAAAGAUAAAAAAGGGAUGGUGAAAGUUGGGAUUGUUACAGAAGGAACCGAACCUGUUGGGAUUCUGGGGGAAGGGGGAGUGUGAAUAAAGCGGGUUGCAAACCAGCAGAGGAAGGUGAAAUAUUUACUGAGGUAACAUUAACAAAAAGAGUAACGGACAUUUAGGUGAAAUAUUUAGGACGAGGGUGGUUAAUAACGAGCAGGCAGACGCGACAUUAUUCAAAAGCGAGAUGGAGCUGAGAGUGGGAAACCGAUACAGACUCGGCAGAAAAAUCGGAAGUGGAUCUUUUGGGGACAUCUAUUUGGGUACGGAUAUUUCAGUUGGUGAGGAGGUUGCAAUCAAACUGGAAUGUGUCAAGACCAAACACCCGCAGCUCCACAUCGAGAGCAAGAUCUACAAGAUGAUGCAAGGAGGAGUGGGCAUACCAACAAUAAAGUGGUGUGGAGCGGAGGGCGACUACAACGUGAUGGUGAUGGAGCUGCUGGGGCCCAGUCUGGAGGAUCUGUUCAACUUCUGUUCCCGCAAGUUCAGCCUCAAGACAGUCCUGCUGCUAGCUGACCAGAUGAUCAGUCGCAUUGAGUACAUCCACUCCAAGAACUUCAUCCACAGAGACGUAAAGCCCGACAACUUCCUGAUGGGCUUGGGCAAGAAAGGCAACCUGGUCUACAUCAUUGAUUUUGGUCUGGCCAAGAAAUAUCGCGAUGCCCGCACACACCAGCACAUCCCCUACCGCGAGAACAAGAACCUGACUGGCACUGCUCGCUAUGCUUCAAUCAACACACAUCUGGGAAUUGAACAGUCAAGGCGAGAUGACCUGGAGUCCCUGGGCUAUGUUCUCAUGUACUUCAACCUGGGAUCGCUGCCCUGGCAGGGCCUCAAGGCUGCUACCAAGAGGCAGAAGUAUGAACGCAUUAGUGAGAAGAAAAUGUCCACCCCCAUUGAAGUGCUCUGCAAGGGAUACCCUUCUGAAUUUGCCACCUACCUGAAUUUCUGUCGCUCACUGCGCUUCGAUGACAAGCCAGACUACUCCUAUCUAAGGCAGCUGUUCAGGAACCUUUUCCACAGACAGGGCUUCUCUUACGACUACGUCUUUGACUGGAACAUGCUGAAGUUUGGAGCCAAUCGCGCUGCAGAGGAGGCGGAGAGGGAGCGCCGAGAUCGAGAGGACAGGCUGAGACAUGGCAGAAAUCCCGGUGCCAGAGGAAUACCCGCCGCAUCGGGACGACCCAGGGGAACCCAGGAUGGAGCACCACCCACUCCACUAACACCCACCUCACACACAGCAAACACCUCCCCUCGGCAAGUGUCCGGUAUGGAGCGUGAGCGGAAAGUUAGCAUGCGGCUACACCGCGGUGCACCUGUUAACGUGUCAUCCUCAGAUCUAACGGGACGACAGGACACCUCCCGUAUGUCCACUUCACAGAAUAGCAUUCCCUACGAGCAUCACGCCAAGUAGACGCUCGCCACGUCCUUGUGUGACGGCGGCCACACCGGAUGGUGUCUGGCGUGACGCCUGCUGGUCUCCACUCUGUAGCUCCUCGAUGAGCCCCACAGUGCAACCCGGCGGACCAAGCCCUGCUCACACAGCAGCACUCAGCCUCUUUAUGACCACACAUAUUAAUACCACCACCACUACUACUGCUACAGCUACUAUUGGAUGCCAGCUUUUGACUUGGCACAAACUCCUCUGUCUGACUGACUGGCUUUGGCUCUUCCUCUCAAUAUUGUUGCCUCACUGAAUCUCCUCCACCCCUUUCCUUGUCCUUUCCUGAGUCUCAGUCUCUGUCCUCCCCAGAUGUUUUGAUAAAGAGUGUUGGACUUCAGGACCAUUCUCUCUGUGUCUGCUUUUAUCAGGAGAUAUUUGCACAACCCCAUGACCACCUGCCCUAUGCCUCUUUCUAACAUCAAAGAUUCUGAAUGGACUGUGGUCUGUCUUCGGCAAACAUGGCAAUCCGGCAGUGUCCCUUAGGACAGUUACCGACCAACGACACAACUGUUAAUGCCAUGGCUCUGGCUCCUCUUUCCUCCGCGGAAACACAUUUGUUAAUGAUGCUACAUUUAUACUCAAUGUACGUUACUACAUAAUCUGAAUACUAAAACAACUUUUGUUUUUUCCUUUUCUUUUGCAGUGAGGCUUAUCAAGCUGAACCAACAGCUCUUCAUUUUAUAUAAAUGGGUAGUUUUGGGGGUGUGAUGCUUUACAUUUGUAUUUGCAGUUCCCGUUCACUCUGACCACCAGCCAGUUUCCCGUUUUUGUUGAACUGAUCACCGCCAUUGACGGCUCUGUCGAGUAACUCUAUAGCCAUUUGUAUUUAAAAAAAAAAAAAAAAAAGAAAGAAAAAAAGAAAAAAAAAAGGUAAAAAGAACGACUUCUUUGCAUGUUUUAGGACUCGGCCUCCUGGCUUGACCAGAGUUGGGUAUGGAGGCUCAAGUGCUAGUUGAGCCCAUCUUUGACAUACCAAAUCUCUGCGUUGGUAUCUUAGGCCCAGGAGGCUGCGUAUUUAUCAACGACAGGCUUUUCCAGUCAGUGAGACCUCCUGUCUGCACACCAACAGGCUCUUCUGGCAAAAAAAACCCCUCAAAUGAACCCUUGUUCCCUUCCUAGUGUUCUGUACAAAAGAAGAGCACUUCAUAUAGGGAACCAGGGUCUCAUUUGAGACAAUUUACCCUGUCCAUUCACUGUUGUACAGAUCUACAUUUUCAUUCCCUUGUUAUUUGUAUUAUUUCUAAGCUGUGAAAAACCUGUAAUAUAGAUGUGUAAAUGUUUUCUCUUCCCAUUUUUGUUUUCUCUUUUUGAACUCUGAUUUGGGUUGGGUCUAAAUAACAGACCUGUUAGCUUGGUACAGGAACCUAGCUGCUGCACCUAGCUGUAUAGGUUGCCAUGUAUAGUAAUUCCCCAUGUCGUCAUCACUCUACUAUCCUCCCCUCACACAGCCACAUAGAUGAAGUGCAGGAUCAUUAUAAAAAGCAAAAACUUGCUCCCCACUGUGGACGGGCAGCGAGACUUUUAAUGCUGACCGAAAGCCAGUUGCUUUCAGCCACCGUUUUAAUCUGAGCUGUUGUGCUGAAUGUGAAAGACUUUUUGUAUGGAAGGUGAACAAUGCCUUGCUGUUUCAGUCACUGUUCUCUGUGUGGGAGUUUGAAUGGUCCUGCACUGAUGUGGCAUUCUGUAGAGGCACAGGCACUAUAUGCAUUAUUUGUUAAUACUCAAAUUAUCCUUGAAAUAAACUCUGACUGAGGGGCUUGCCCUUCACCUUUAUCCCUUGACAGGCUUUCUCAGCAGUAAUGUUUGGGCAAGGGGUUUUGAUAUAUUACUUGACUCAUAAUUGUCUGCAGCCAGUCACCUUGGGACUUGUAUGGCUGUGCUGAAUAACUAUGCCAUGUCUGUUAUCAUGAAAGGCCUGUUGUAAUUCAGCCUUGCCUGAUACUCAUUUCUCCGAUUGGUUUCAUUUUAACCCCUGGCCUGUUUGGCCAGUCACUCAACACCUAUGUAUUUACCGAAGCAACCAGCUCUGCAACAAUUACUUUCUUUCUCAUUUGUAUUUGCCACUGUAUUUGUGUACUUUAAAAACUGUAAAUAAAAGAAGUACUUGUAA